UUUUUUUCGUUUGGAACACUGAUUGCACACAGCUGACACCAAUAUCGUUUACAUUGCUGCCAAAUUGCUCAGUCGCGAGUCUCACCAACAGCAACAACGUCGCAGACCACACUGCCAUUGUGCCAAACGACACUGUCAUAAGCGAGAAUGUGUUGCAAUUUCUAUAAAAGUAAAUGAGAAUGACACCGCAUCGAUCAGUCAAUUUGUGCAAGUACGCGCACACGACGGCGAUAAAUUCAUUAACCUGUUUAUGACGACAACGCAAACACGCGAAUCUAACCAUAAAUAAGGCGAUAAGUUAUCGAGCAAGAGCGAACACGAAAAAGCAGCUGUGAAGUAGCAAAAAUAAAAUAAAAUGAAAUGGCUGACGAUGGUGAACUUCCAAGCACCGAUUGUACUGAUCUCCUUGCUGACCGUCGUAUCCGGGGUCAAAGCGAACGCCAACAACUCUGCUGUUAGCAAUCCCUCACACCCUAGUGACUCGAACUACUGCAAUAGCGCCACGCAAGUCCGCAUGUGGGGCGAUGUUGAUCCAAACAUAUUUUACAUCUGCGAUGAAAUGACCAACGCCACGCGCCAAAUGCGUUGUCCGGCGGGACGUGGCUUCUUCCGUGGGCGCGGUUAUUCCGGUUGCAUACCGUACGCUGAGUGGCCGGCCUGUCUCGAUAGCCGGAUCCACAGUCUAAAUCGUAGUAGUAGCGGUAGCCAGAGCAGCAAUGCCACGGCGAAGCUGUGCAAAGACGAAAUGCAUCUGCAGCAGACCUGGGCGGCUGUGGACCCGAAUAAAUUUUACAUGUGCCAAAGCGAGGACUCCGCACCACUGCUGUUGAACUGUGAAGUGGGCAAAGGUUAUGUCAGCGCCUGGGCUGGCGAGCGUGGUGGCGUCCAUAGCGGGGAAAGCACGCACAUUGUGGGCUGUGCCGCAUGGCAGAAGUGGCGCAAGUACAUGCAUUGUACGGACUUUUAUUGAGAUUUCCGCUAAUUGAGGUUAAAAAAAUUAAAACUUCCGACGCAAAAUAUGAGUAAUAGGUAGGUGUAUGGGCGGAUGUUGUACUGCAGCGUGAGGGGGCUGAGUGAGUGCAUUCAUGUGUCGCUGUAGUUCGAAAUAUUCAAUACAAAAACAAACAUACAUACGCAGCAUGUACCCAUCAUAUGUGUAUGUUGUUGUUAGUGUUUGUACUUUCAUGCAAUAAAUUUGUUUUGCUUUUUGUUUUUGUUUAUGUUUUUAUACGACCUCCAAUGACAACAACGAUGUGACAGUGCAUUCAUGUUGGUAAAAGUAAAAAAUGUAAUUAAGUUAAAAUAGGUAUGAUAAGUUCCAAAAUUGUUUUUCGACUGAUAUUGUUGAUAAGAUAGCGUGCGGCUGUAAAUUGUGUUGGAAAAAAUCUCGGCACGGUUUCGGGUUAAUAAAUAAAUUGAUUGAAAUUGCUGUGGGCCAUGAAAUUGGAAUGCGAUAACAAUUACGAAUUGCUGCUCGCAGUGGUUCCUAGAAAUACGACGAGUGAAAUGAUAAUGAUAAUGUGUGUAUGUAGGUGCAUAUUGAAGCAGAUAUAUAGUAUACCGUGAACAAAGUUUAACCAGAUUUUAUGAAAUUUUAUAAAGAAACUCAUUAAGUUAUGCAAAAAUUUUCUUAAAUAAUUAAAUAUAUAUAUAAUAUAUAAACAUGCAAGUUUUAUAUCUUUAAAUUAUUUAAUUUUGUUAGAAGU